AUGGCAUUUGGGUCUCAACUAGCUGUUGAGUUUGAAGAAGGAGAGAAUUUCAACAUUCGAAUCUUAAGGGAAAAGAUUUCGGCUUUCAUGUCUAAACACUUCACUGAAGUGGAAGAGCUUUUGGUUUCCACGGUAGAAAACUUGGAGCAUGAGGAGUUGAUUGAAGAGAGAGCUCAAAUUCAGAGAUUAGAGAAAUUGAAAGCUGAAAGUGAACUUAGGGAGUGUGGAAGAGAGUGUUUGCAGUUAAAGAAAGAGCGAGAUGGGUUCAAUGAGACUGUGAAAAGUAUUUCAGAAGAUAAAAGGAUAAUGAGAGAGCUGAAAAAGGGAAAUUGUGAUUUGAAGGGUGAAAAGUUGAAGGCAGAAACUGAAAUUGAUUUCUACGAGCGAAAGUUUGAGGAUUUGGAGAUGUCUGACGGGCCUACAAGUAACUUUGGGGUUCCUGGUGAGGUUGUGGGAGAAAAGGGUGCUGUAAAAGAGAGUCAAGCGUAG